AUGUCCGCCUCAGCAAUCCCUGAGACCAAUGGUGGACUCGAGAGCCAUGUUACGGUUCAGAAACGAGCCUACUAUUCACCUCCUUGGGCCGAUGUCAGCAUCAUUGGUGUUGCGGGCAGCUCUGGCUCGGGCAAGUCGACCUUGUCACAGGCUAUUGUCAAGAAGCUGAACCUACCCUGGGAUUCCUUUUAUAAGACCUUGACUCCCGCACAGUCUAAAUUGGCUUUUGCCAACGAAUAUGAUUUUGACUCCCCCGACGCCAUCGAUUUCGAUGUUCUGGUUGACAAGUUGCGAGAUCUCAAGGCUGGAAAGCGGGCUGACAUUCCUGUCUAUUCCUUCGCCAAGCACUCUCGACUAGAGCAUACGACUUCAAUCUACUCACCUCAUGUGCUCGUUCUGGAAGGUAUCUUUGCGCUAUAUGACCCUCGAGUUAUCGAGCUACUUGAUAUGGGUAUCUAUUGUGAGGCAGAUGCAGACACGUGCCUGUCAAGAAGAAUUGUCCGUGAUGUACGCGAGCGUGGUCGAGAUAUCGAGGGCAUCAUCAAACAGUGGUUCGGGUUUGUUAAGCCAAACUUCGAGAAGUUUGUUGAACCGCAGCGGAAGGUAGCCGACUUGAUUGUGCCGAGAGGUAUCGAGAACAGGGUUGCCCUGGAAAUGAUGGUUCAGUUUGUUGAGAAGAAGCUAUUCGAAAAGUCAAGGCAUCAUCGAGAGGCCCUAUCCCAGCUUGAAGCAGCAAGUAAGGAUUCGUUGCUUUCUGAUCGGGUUGUGGUCUUGGAUGAUACACGACAACUCAGGUUUAUGAACACAAUCCUCCAGGAUAUCGAUACGGAUCCCGAAGAUUUCAUCUUCUACUUUGAUAGGCUCGCUAGCUUGAUCAUUGAGCAGGCCCUAAACAAUGCCCAUUUUGAGGCAAAGAAGAUAAUAACACCUCAAGGAUACGAGUACAAGGGCCUGGUGCCAACAGGCGAGGUCUGCGCCGUUAUUGUACUUCGAGGAGGAUCUGCAUUUGAGCCGGCGCUCCGAAAGACAAUCCCAGAUUGCCGAACAGGCCGACUUCUUAUCCAGUCAGACUAUUCAACGGGAGAGCCGGAGCUUCACUACCUCAGGGUGCCCGAUGACAUUGCAAACCACCAGAGCGUCUUGCUUCUCGAUACUCAAAUGGCUACCGGAGGUGCUGCAUUGAUGGCGGUACAAGUCUUGGUUGACCAUGGCGUCCAGCAGGAUCGUAUUGUCCUAGCAACAUACUCGGCAGGCAAGGUUGGAAUUCAUAGAUUGACAUCCGUGUUCCCAGAGAUCACGGUGGUUGUUUGCAACAUGCUUGACAACCAACAGGAACGAUGGGUAGAGAGGAGGUACUUCCGCUGCUAG